AUGGAAAGAACAAUUGGUAACAAAAGAGAGAAAAGAAAGGCGUACGCGUUAACCAAACCUAACCCACUUUCUUCCCCCAUUACCCCAAUCACAGCCAAUCUCCCCUUUCUUCCCCCCUCACCCACCAAGGCCACCAUUGCCACCGCCCACCAAGCUCCAGAUUCCAGAAACCAUCGAGCCACCCACAGCCAUCUACAGCAGCAGCGCUCCUCAUUCGCCACCCACAGCCAUCCACAGCAGCAGCGCUCUUCAUUCGCCACCCAAACCAAUCCUCACCGCGUUGAGCCCACCUCCUCGUCACCGAAGGUCACUGAGCUCACCGAGCCCGCCUCCUCAUUCGCCGAUUAUUGUUUGCAGCUCAGUCUUAUUUAUAGGAAUGAUGAUGAAUUGAUGAUCCUCUGCAUUUCCUUGAUCCUGUAUAGAAGAAAGAAAAACCAGAAAAACUAUAAACUAGAUCUACCAUAUUUUGAUAUGGCUACACUUAUUUCUGCAACCAACAACUUCUCGACCAAUAACAUAUUGGGAAAAGGCGGUUUUGGAGCUGUUUACAAGGUUAAUACUUAGUCAUAUAAUGCUCAAAUCUGGAUAUUAGCAACAUGGGAGGAAAUUUUGAUUUGUUGAGAUAGGUGCUAUGGCCAAAUAAGUACAUUAUUUGAAAGAGUCACUAUUUUGUGUCUGUAGAACAUUAUGGGUUUGUGAUUAUGUGCUGUUUUUUUUUUGUUUAGUUAUAAAUUUUGAUGUUUGAAGUUUUUUGUGAACCUCUAAUAUUAAGCUAUGGAUAAUUUAUUAUGUGAAAUUUUAAAUUUUAUUAAGUUAGAAAUUAUUGAAUUUAUAUAUUUAAAAUUAUUUUUAGGUUUUUUAAUAAUUUUAUUUAAUAUUUAAUUAAAAGGGUUGAGCUCCGGUUAAACUCCGGUCGAACUAGUAAAUCAUUAAACUAGUAACCUCAUCGGUUUAUUGACCGGUCCGGUUUUCGCAACCUUGGUAUAGACACGGUGAAUGCAAGGAUAAAACUUCUAAAAAGAAAGUUUUAUUGCUAAACAUACUACCAAACUCAAAACGAAAAAUAUCGCUUUGGUUUGUCUUUUCAAGUGAUCUUUUUGAAAAAUGCCAAAGAGGAGUGUCAGUAUCAAUAAUUUUUG